AUGGUCAUUGGGAAUUCAAUGUGUUACCACAAGGAUCAUUGUUUGGUUUACCUUGAUGAUAUUAUUAUAUUUUCCAAAUCAUCUCAACAUGAACAACAUCUGGAUGAAAUAUUAACAGUAUUAAACGAUGCCAACUUCCAAUUAAAUCCAUCAAAAUGUUCAUUAAUUCACCCACAAAUGGAUUAUUUAGGCCACACAGUCAACAGCGAAGGUAUUACACCUUUGAUGGAUAAAGUUAAAGCUCUUAUUGAUUUACCGACACCAAAAUCAAUUAAGGACGUUGAUGCAUUUUUGGGAGCAGCUAGUUUUUAUAGAAAAUUCAUUCCAAAUUUCUCCAUAAUAACAGCCCCAUUACACAAGUUAACAAGAAACAGAAAACAAAAAUUCUUCUGGAAUCAAGAACAACAACAAGCUUAUGAACAAUUGAAAGAACGUUUAUCAACAGAACGGUUAUUAUUGUCAUUUCCAGACCCAUCAUCACCACUCGUUUUAUCAACAGAUGUAUCCGACAUUGGUUAUGGUGGCGUUUUAAAACAAAUUACCAAAGACGAUCCAAAGCCAAUCAGCCAUUUAUCACGUAAAUUAAAUCCGGCGGAGAAAAGAUAUAGUACCACCGAAAAAGAAUGUGUAGCUAUGGUGGGUUGUAUUGAAGAAUUUAGAUCAUAUCUAUUAGGACGAGAAUUUACGGUGGAAACUGUCAGUAAGGUAUCCACAGCAACCCCAUCAACUGAUUUUGAUAUUACAAAAUUAAAAAUGGAUAACAACAGGAUACAGUCAUCCUCGAUAAAAUCAAAGAAAUCAAGCAAGAUCCAACCACAUUGUCGUAUGAGGUAG